CUCUGGCUAGGGCCCCAGACUGGGAGGGAGAUUACCGUAUUUAUCGAGGCCAGUGCGGGACCCUUGGGGGCGGGUCACUGCGGGCCUGCUACCGUAUUUGCCCGGAGCCAUGCAUCCCUUUCUGGGAGUGGCAGUGCCAAGACUUAAUUACUUGUUUACUCGGGGUCGCGCGGGCCCGUGGGGGGCGCUGCGGGCACGGGGGUGGGUGGACUGCAUGCGUUCUUCCAGGAGCUGGGGCUGGCAGCCCGGCAGGGUGGGCUGCGGCAGCUGGGUGGUAGCCUGUGUCUAUUCCUAGGGGUGGGGUUGAUACACAGCUUAUCACAUUUCUCCAGGGUCGCUCGGACCCCUGGAAUUAGCAAGGCUGUGAGAGGGAGUCAUGCCGGGUGGGGUGAGCUCUUGAGAUUAAUGCAGCGGUUUGACUGCGGGAGGCUUUUCGGCCGUAUGGGGGCGGGGAAGAAGGGGCGCAGCGCUGCGGGAGACUUAACUGUGUUUUCCUUGGGCUGCCCAGACAGAGGAAAAAGCUGCUGCAGACUGCAGAAGGGGAGCAGGUUGGGCUGUGAGUGUGGCACCUGAUGGAGGAACUUGGGGGAGGGAGGCAAAACCAUGGCCUUGGACCCUCUGGGCCUGGUCAGAGGUCUAGUAGAGAAAGUGGGGAGGUUGCCCAGCGACCAGGCUUGGACUGGCCAAGGAGACUCUGAUGGUCUGUCUUUGCAAAUGCCAGCACAGCUAUCUGGGGAGGGAUUGUGGGUGGAGGCAUGACAAUGGGUCCUAGUCCCUUUCUCCAGGGUGAGUGCCAGUUCUACCCAGGCUUGGAGGUAGGGGAAGACAGAGGGUGUUUCUGAGACCCCACCCUGCAGGUAGAUUGACUGAGGCUGGAAGUGUGAAGACCUUCAGGGAGGUUUGAGGGAAACCCUGAGCAAGCUUCUCUGAUGGAGGGGGUGAGUGAAGUGGGUCCCAGUGCCCUACAUGGCGUGGGAGUGGAGGCAAGACACCGUGGGCUUUAGGAGCAGUGGCCCUUUGAGAAAGGAUGGGUUUGUGGUGGCUGAGGUGUGGGUAGGUGUGCAUGCAUGUGCAUGCGUGUGUAUGUAUGUGUGUGAAGGGGUGUUUUGUUGCUGAGCAGCUCAUAUAGCCAAAUGUUUUUUAACAGUGAGUCAGGAGACUUAGGGCCUAGGCCUGGCUCACCUUGCUGUGUGACCUUGGACAAGUAUGCUGGUUUCACACAGCUCCCAUGAUUCCAUUUACAAACCUGGGCUCGGCAGGCACGGCUGCUCUGCCCCUUAUUCAAGGAUGUUGUGAGGGCGGUGGGAAACUAUUUCAGAAUGAUAGUGAGUGGCUUGGGAAGGCAAUCUUUAAAGCAGGCCUGCAGGGAGCCCAGUGCUGGGGGUGUUUGUUGGAGUGAGUGUGGUUGGUGCUCACUCAGCCUUUGGACCAGACCUGGCUCCUUGGGAGCUCUUGCUUUGGUUCAGUGACCUGCAACUUUUCAAGUGUAGGAUUCAUCUUGUUAGACAGAGGGACUACCUUUAAUGUUUAACCCAGGGAGGUCACUUUCAGGUUUAUGGGGGUUUAUUUUGCUUCCUGCUUUAAGCCACUGGUGACCUUCCUUCCUGCAGGUUUCAGGCCAUCUUCUAUCCUUGGGCAUCUGAAUGGAGAAGCUGCUCCUGAGAAUUGCCAGACAGUAUUUAGCCCAUGAGUUGUGUGUUGCAGGCUCAGGGCUUGAUGUGUCUUUUAAGAGAAGGUAGCUCUCUGUUCUUGAGGUGCUGGGUUGGAGUUAGAGGUAGCAUGACCACCCUAUCCCACGGUGAAGGGCACAGGGCUGGGCAGCAGACUGCAAGGGGAUGCUGGAGAGGCCAGGGAAGUCUUCUAGGAGGUAAUGGGUCUUGAGAAAAGCCAGGGCGACAGGCUGUGAGGAACCGAAACAAAGCUGUAGAUGGGCAAACACUGGGGGUUAUUGGAAGUGAGUGAUUCAAAAGGCUGGAGAAUGGCUGAUCCGUGGGGUCUUCCUUGAUCCCUCUCUCCGCUUCUGCUUCCCCAGGGGCUGGUGACUGCAUCUGGAAGUGCCCAUGACAGAGCUGGUGUCCUCCAGGGAAGGGUCUCCUACGGGGGACGGGGAGGAGGGUCUGGGGGACGACCAAGGCCUGGUUAUCCACCACCCGGCAGAGGAACAGCCCCACCGCUGCCCACUGUGCGGCCAGACCUUCUCCCAGCAGCCCAGCCUGGUGCGGCACCAGAAGGCGCACGUAGGGGCGGGUCGCACCGCCGCCUUCGUGUGUCCCGAGUGCGGCAAGGCCUUCAGCGUCAAACACAACCUGGAGGUGCACCAGCGCACACACACCGGCGAGCGGCCCUUCCCCUGCCCCGAGUGCGGCCGCUGCUUCAGCCUCAAGCAGAACCUGCUCACGCACCAGCGCAUCCACAGCGGCGAGAAGCCGCACCAGUGCGCGCAGUGCGGCCGCUGCUUCCGCGAGCCGCGCUUCCUGCUCAACCACCAGCGCACGCACGCGCGCAUGCCCACGCCACACCCGCGUCGUCCCGGUGUCUUCGGGGAGCGGCGACCCUACUUCUGCCCACGCUGCGGCAAGAGCUUCGCGCGUGAGGGCUCGCUCAAGACCCACCAGCGCAGCCAUGGCCAUGGGCCUGAGGGCCAGGCAGCCCAUUUAGGACGCGUGCUAUGACCCGUGGUGGGAGGCCUGCCACCACCAGCUGCCGCCGAUCCAGGAGCCACAUCCAGGGGUGCUGAGUUGCCCCCCCGAUCUGGAUGGGCUCAUGGGAGAGGGGCAGGGCCAGCUUGGGGUGUUGGAAGGGCUUGAGCCACCCCCUUUCCUUCCUCCCCCUGGACCCCUUGGCUGGCUGCAUGCAUCUGCUAUGGGUUCUGCGUUAGUUUGCCUCCUCCGUCUCCUGUGGCCUAGAGCAGCACGUCAGACUUGAAAGCGACUUGGAGAGGGCCGCGCUUUCCACGGUCCCUGGGCCCAAGCUCAGUCCCCAAAGCCUCGGCCUCCUGCACCCACUGUCUGGUGGCCUUGAGAAGCCAUUUCACUCCAUGUCUCAGUUUGCGUAUCUGCCUAUGUCCGGGGCUGGAGACCUGCCCACUCCCUCUGCUCUCUGCCCUACCUCGCUACUGUGUGGCUCCUCUGGACUCACCGGCCUCAGCCUGAGAUCCUUGGUGGUUCGCAAUGUGGACUACUAUUUGGUGGUAGAAAGUCAACAAGAUACAAAGCGGACAGGACCUUGUGGCCCAGGACAUGCAGGACAUAUCUGGGCAUGGAGACUAAGAAUGGAGUCCCAUGGGGUCCUGGCAUCCUGGCAUGAGGCUGUGUCUCCUCAGAAGACCUACCUCUGGAGGUGCCCUGUGUUGGUAGAGCUGGGAAUUAGAGGCUGGGUCCAUGCCUUUGGUGGGAGAACUCCCCAGGUCUGACUUGAGUCACAGCUGGCUAAGCCUCCUUUUGGCUUCCUGCCCCUCGAUGUCCACUCACAUGUGGAGGCAGACAGCGCCUGUGUGGGAGGGCUGUCCUCUCUCUUCCAGCCCUGCCUACCACUGGGUUGAGGGACAGAGACAAGAAGCAACUGGUCUGCAUCAUCGCAGCAAGUUGAUGGCCGUCCUGGCUGGAGAGGCAAAACUCCCCUCGAGACGUGAGCAGCCCCCGAGUGCUCCUGCGCCCUCUCUGAACUAGAAAGGUUAAGACUUCAGGGGCCUGUGGCCCUUUAAGUUCUGAUGGAGGCUGUGGCCCUUCUAGAAGUCAUAUACUCAUGUAGCUCUCAAAAUACCAAGCGGUUUCAGGAGCCUCGGGACUCCAGACUAAAGACCUCGGCCCUGGGGGUUUCAUCUGCCAUCCCUUUCUUACUCCGUCCAAGUGUGUCCCUCUCCUCCCGGUCGCCUCUUGUUUGGGAAUAAAGCAUUCUGAGGCUGAGCCCCUUUGGUCCACCUACCCCUUCUCCCCAAUCUAACAACACACCUGAUUUGUAGGACCCGGUCUCCCUCCCUCGGCAUUGCCCAAGGAUCCCUGGGCUUGGUCCUUUCCCCCUUUUUGUGUCUGACAGGCUGUGGGAUUUUACAAGGAAGUCCCCUGCUUGGCCUUGACUCUGAUUUCACUGUGGAGUCUCAAGGGGAGGCUGGACGGCUGAAGGGAUAGUGAGUGGAUCGUUUUCUCUGUGUCUGCCCCCAGGGAGAAGGAAUCCUGUUUCCUUUAGCCCCACGCAGCCCAUCAGGCCUCUUGGUUGGCCAAGACUCUCCCCUGGGAAGGUGUGGGUAGAAAGGCACCAGAGCCCUGCAUGGGCAUGUGCCCAUGGGUCUAGGCAGAGGGAGAAGCCGGUGGAGGAGUUCUGUGUCCCCUAAGCAAGCAGGUGUACAGUAGGGGGUGUGGGUCUUGGGCUACUGUUGGUCAAGGACUCCUGUCUUCAGAUGUGAGCAGGUCAGUCGGGAGGCUGUGGAUAUUUCUCUUUUUCCCUAGAAUGAACCACUCAUUAGGAAAGGGGAGGCCUCUCUUUUCUGCUAGGGCUUGGUAGGAGCCUGUGGAUUCCUAACCUGGGGUCUUACUGCCUGUGUCCCCCAUGCAGUUUGGGUUACAGGUUCUUACUGAACCCCUAUGCCUUAUUCUGGGGUCACUGAGUACUAAAGCAGUCUGAGAAAGGGGCGCAUUCCCCGGACCCCAGGAACUCCCAUGCGGCUCUUUUCCCUGGCUAGUCUAGAGGAGCCCUCGCCGCGCCCCUCAGCUAACUGCCCAGCUCGUCUCUUCCCUACUGUAGCUGUGCCCUGCCUUCCCCUGUACUGCCCCGAAAUGUUCUUUUCCCCACCCCCAAAACCCCCCUUCUUCACCAGGGCUGAGCCUCCCAGCACCCCACCGCCAUGCUCCCUCUGGACGGUACUCACGUUAACACGCGGUGUCUCCCUCGAGUACUGUGUGCUGUGUCGUCUUGUGCACGCUGCUUCUGUGUCUGUGUAUACCUAUACGUGCUGUGUGUGUGCACGUGUGCACCUCAAGUCCCCAACUAGACUGUGAGCUCCCUGAGGGCAAGGGGCUGUCAUUUCUUCUUCAACCCCAAGUGGGUCCUAGCACAGGGCUGGGCUCCUGACUCUCAGGAAAGCGCUUGUCAACCGGCUGAUGGGAGAAAUGUCGGAGGUUGGGGGUGGCGUGGGAGCUGUGCAAGGGGAGAGUGCACGGGAGUUAACUACGGAUGCAUUGGGUCGGGUUGUGGGCUGGCUCCUUGGAUCAAUAAUGGAUGCUCGAGGCCUCAGGUCCUUGCAUUUUGGGGGUGGUAGAAGCAGAAGGGACCCCCCCCCAACACACACUAUGGCUACACAGGAGUGCACUUGAAUGGAUGUCCAGGUUGGGUAUUCCUGGAAGUCCCUGACAUCUGUUGGAGCCGACUCAAAUAAAUGUUCUCUACAACA